GCCAAGUCCUCUCGGGCAUCCCUCAAGAAGUUGUUCCGUUAUAGUGUUGUGUCCGAAGCCCCCGGCGGCUGCAGCGAAUAUGGCCUGGAUGCCCUUAAUGCGAUGGCCGACGAUGCUUACACCUUGGCCAAGGAAGGUCUUCAAGCCGUGAAGGACUCCCAGGACACGUCAGCCGCCACUUAUGCUGAGGCAGACCGAUUGAUGGCUGCGAUGUUUCUUAAUCCCUCCUCCAAACGAAUCAAUGGUGUCAAAGGUUAUCUCGAAAAUGGCGGAAACACCGACAACGGCCAACUGACUAACAGACCCUUUCUGUUAUGCGGUGAUUUGUGGAGAGUGCGUCAGGACAUGUCGAGCCAAAUGCGAGAUUCCACGGGUACGCUGAUGGAGGAGGAUGGCAAGGCGAUCAAGAUUUCCGACAUUCCGGCAAUGGUGGAACGACAAGCGUCAGUGGCUAAGAAAGAGGGCGUGGACCCCUCCCUGAUCUAUCCGUAUUGGAGUGAUGCCACAGUAUCCUACACCUGGGACCUCAAGUAUGGCGACGGGGAUCCCACCAUUGGGCCGUGCCAGGGCACCACGGAUGCCAUUGCGUUCACGAUCACCGAGCCCCCGGUCGGGAUAGUUGUGCUGUGCCCAAAGACAUUCAGCGGAGGUCGACUGCACUCGGUGGCCGCUGAACCCGUCGUCGACACUAGCUUUUACUCCAGCAAGCCUCCCGACGACGUAACUGUCCAAAGAAUCAAGGCAAUAAUAGGCCCUGGAAGUGUUCUCUACCACGAGCUAUUCCACUUGUACUGGGGACAGAGCCGCACCACGCCUUCCGGAAAUGAAGAGUACUCGUUCCGCAGAAUGACGGGCAAGUCGUCGUCCCGGUCAUUUACCACUGCGGACGCCUUGAAGAACCCCCAGACCUACGCAUACAUGUCCCUCGCCUAUGACUAUACGCUCAAUGUGAAGUCGGGAUCAUACCCAGUUGAGUUCUACAACGGGUGGGCUACAUAUAAG